UCCCAGUCGGCAUCGCCAUCUUUCCGCUCUUUCAGUCUCAGAUUCUAAAUGCACUCUCCUAGUUUCUCUUCAUACCCAAUAAUAUAUACGUACACGUGUAACUUGUACAAGGUGGGAAAAAAAAACAUUGCACUUGAAAGUGUAGAGAAGUUUACUGGGGUAAAAUUUCAUGUUGCAUUUUAGUAUGCAAUGACAUUUAUUAAUAGCAUACAGUUGCUUCCUUCACUAAUUCUAUUGCUAUGUCUUUUGCCUCAACAUGCAUUCAAGUUAAUUGUUACUGCUAACACCUUGUUUGGCUUUUACAACUCCUUCAAUGACAAAUCAGUUAAUGAAGCAGUUGUUGGUCCCAUAGGGAAAGAGCUUUUUGAGAAAGAACAAGAUGACCUCCUUGCAAACUUGAUAGACAUUCCAAAGAAGGCUUGUGAUCGUCGAGUCAACGAAUUUGUGAAAUGCACUAGGGCUGCUAAGAUUCAUGCCUACAUAAUUAGCCAACUUAGAAAGGAGAUGUCAUCCUGACGAGUAAAGCUAAGACUCAAUAACAGCUUAUUGAUAAUCUUGAGGAUGUGUUUGCAAAGGUCCAUCUCUCUCUCUCUCUCUCUCUCU